AUUUUAGGUAGACUAGUUCUCCAAUACAAACAUGAAAACCAGCUUAAAAACACAUGGGGGAAAUGUGAAGAUGCGAAGGACUGAUUGCAUCAAGGACAUAAAAGUUUAGUGAUGACACAGUUGUUAAGAGUAUGGGCUACUCAUGGCUAUCAUCAAAAUUUUAGGAAAUUGUUGAAUCAGGGAAUUUAUAACUGCAAGUCGUGCAGUAUCCUGAGAUACUCAUCCGAGAGCGAUAAACUAGAGAAAGUUACAGAUGACAUCCCAGUUAAAGAAAUGAAAGAGUCGCCAGUCAUUUUUAGUAAAGGAAAGAGGAAGCCCGUCUCCAAGGAAAUGAGCCCAGUCUCUACACAACUUCAGAUACUCUCUGCUGGUUUAGAAAAGAGAAAACUCCAAUUAUAUGUAGAAAAAUGGUUCAAGGAUCACUGGUUCACAUCGUCUAAGGUGGAAUUUAAAACUGUUGAUCAUAGUGAAUCUUCAAAAGUGAAAAGAAGUGUCAAGACUGCUGUAGAAGGUGGCAAAAAACGAAAGAAGAAGAAAACAACGAAGACACAACCAGGAGAAUUUAAUGUUGCUGAGGCAUCACAAAGAAGUACACCACAAGUAGACAAAGAACAGAUUAAAGACAUCUCUAUAGAAAAGAUUGAUUUAAAUGAAACAUACAGAAAAUACAAUGAAAAAGUUAAAGAGGAAAGAAAAGCAAAGGAAAGUGAUAGGAAAAGAGAAGGUGCCAGUUCUGUAGAAGAUGAUCGUGGAAGUCCUAUUCAAAAAAGUGCUUUUGGUCACGGAGCACAGAAACUUGGAAAAACUUUGUCACAGCUGAGGAAAGCUGAAUUUGCUAAAGAUGCAACUGCUGUCAAGAAAAAGCAUUAUAAUGAAGAUCUACUUAGUUAUAUCUGGGGAUAUGUUAUGGGUGGAAAGAUACACCACGCUCAUUCAGUGUUAAUGCAACACACUGUGAAGCCUGAAUACGAAAUCACAGAACCUCAGAUUUUUAACUGUGUCCUCCUUGGCUGGGCAAGAAAGGGAAAUGAGGUGAUGCUAACUGAAGCAUUGACACAGAUGAAGAAGUUUCAGAUUUGUGAACACUAUGACACUUUUGCAGCAAAGUUGCUCUGCAUUGGGAGUAGAAGGACUUACAAUAAAGAGACAAUUAGGGACAUUUUACAGCAGAUGGAAGAAAUGAAUCUUGAUAUCAGAUGUUUGAUUCAGAACUGCGAAAUCCUAACUCCAAGGGAUGCAUCAACAGUCUUGAAGGUGAUUCAGUCUGUUGAUCCAGAUUACAGUCAUCUAAAAAGUGAAAACCUGACUACACAACACUACUCGGUUCCUUUACUGCGAGACUUUAAUGCAUCACCCCCUGAAGAUGCUCCCAAUCCACUUUUUCAAGUAAUAUCUUCCUCAAAGUUUGAAGAGAACUUACAGAAACAACUGAAGUUUGAAGAGACAGGCACUGUUUCUAUGGAUAGUACAUAUUUUGCAAAUUUUUCCAAAAAACAGGAAAAGACAAAAGAGCUGUUAGUGGAACAAUUCAGAGGGACAUUAACAGCAGCAUUUAAAUUUUCGUUACAAAAAUAUUCUAAAGGUGAACUGAUCUCAUCCAUUAGUGCAAAUUUAGAGCAAAUUUGGCCUUUUUUGAAUGCUUUGAAGACAAAUAAAUACAUUGACUUGAUGAUUAAGGAAAUUGAAGUCGUAGCAGAGAAGGAGUAUUCAGCAGGCUAUAGAAAAUACCAGCUUGGACAAUCGGUCAUCAACUCCAUAAAGAUGAAGUAUUUCAAGGAAUCGGGAUAUCUGGAACAGCAAAAGAUGAUCUAUAAGGAAUACAUUGGAAUCAUUCUAAGUAAGAGGAAUCCCAACAGAUGUCACAGAGAAAUUUGGCAGUCCUUAUGUUUGGAGCACACUGGCAAGAGUACAAUUCUUCCAGAUUAUUCAUUUCCAGACCAUAUAUCUUUCAAAAUUGGGAAAUUUCUUUACUCUUUGAUGAACAGGCAUUUAAAGAUACUUUCCAAAAGACCUGAUGGCACGUCACACAAUAUUCCUGUCUUUUGUUAUGCCAGUCGAGAUCAGGGUAAAGACGGAAGAGUUUUAGCAUUUAUUCAAACUCAUCCCCGGAUCAAAAAAAUGUUUAUGGAAAAUUCAGUAAUGAAAUGUGAGCAAGUGUUUUACCCGAUGAUAGUGCCUCCAGUUCCCUGGCACGGCAAACAGUUGGGUGGAUUUAUCACAUUUAACAGUGAUUUAAUAAGAUGUUUAGAUGACAUUCGGAUGGAACUAAAAUACCUUCAGAAAUAUCCGGAAGAUUCUCUUCAUCCAGUCAUGGACUCGUUGAACACUCUUGGAACCUGUGGCUGGAAAAUCAACACAAAAAUGCUGGAUGUUAUUAUGGAGCUGUUCAAAAAAGAUGCUGGUUCUUCGUUGGAUCUCCCUCCUGCCAAACACACUCUGCCUAAACCCGUCUUUCCUCUUCUAGAAGUUAAAGAGAUGAUCGAAAGCAAAACUGAAAAUGAAGACGAAAAGAAGAAAAAGAUGGCUGAGCUAUGGAGGAAAUACUUCAAAAUGAAGAAGGACCGAGCUGAGACGCACAGUUUAUGGUGUCACAUGCAUAAGACAUUAUCACUAGCUGAAUCGAUCAGAGAUGAAGUCAUAUGGUUUCCACACAAUUUAGAUUUCAGGGGUAGAAGCUAUCCCUUCAUGCCCCACUUGAAUUAUCAUGGGGACGAUGUCAGACGGUCUCUUUUCCAAUUUGCCAAUGGAAAACCUUUAGGAGAAAAGGGACUUGACUGGCUGAAGAUACACUUGAUAAAUUUAACUGGCUUUGCAAAAAGGUCUUCAAAUACUGAGAGGCUCCACUUGGCCAAUAAGUUGUUACCAGAUAUAAUGGAUUCCGCUGAUAAUCCUCUUGAGGGAAGAAAGUGGUGGCAGACAUCGGAUGAGCCUUUCCAGACCCUUGCUGUCUGUAUGGAAGUGACAACAGCCUUAAGAUCUGAAGACCCCACCCAGUUUGUAUCCUACUUCCCUACCCAUCAAGAUGGUUCAUGUAAUGGUCUCCAGCACUAUGCUGCACUGGGCAGGGAUCAAGCAGGAGCAGAGUCGGUGAAUUUGAGUCCCUUCACACACCCCCAGGAUGUGUACAGUGAUGUUGUGGAACUGGUGGAGAAAAUACGACAGAAGGAUGCUGAGGAAGGACUAGAAAUAGCACAGAAACUUGAGGGACUCAUCAAAAGAAAGACAAUUAAGCAGACGAUAAUGACCUCUGUAUAUGGAGUCACAAUGUAUGGAGCUAAGCUACAAAUCUACAAACAGAUAAACCCUCUGUCUGACGAGGCCCUUCCCAGUGAAUUCCAUAUGCCUGCUAGCGUCUACUUGGCUAGAUGUGCUUUCAAGGCCCUGGAGGAGAUGUUCUCCAGUGCCAGGUCAAUCCAGGAUUGGUUCACACAGAUAGCCCGAGGGAUGGCCAAGAGCUGCAAAUUGCCCACCCAGUGGAUCAUGCCCAUGGGCAUGCCCGUGAUUCAGCCCUACAUAAAGCUGGAUGAUGACAUGAAGUUCAAGAGGGAUUAUAAUAUAGAAGAGUUGCUGAAGUUUAAAAUUGAAAGCAGAAAACAGAGAAAUGGUUUUCCUCCAAACUACAUCCAUUCCAUUGAUGCAAGUCACAUGAUGCUAACAUCACUGGAAAUGUACAGAGCUGGAUUGACUUUUGCGUCUGUUCAUGACUGCUACUGGACUCAUGCCAAUGAUGUGGAUUUAAUGAAUAAGUUGUGUCGCAAACAGUUUGUAGCCUUGCAUAGUCAACCUUUAUUAGAAACCCUCUCUGCAGAUUUCAUGAGACACAUAGAGAAGUACCAAAAGGAGCAUCCAAAAUUAGACAAAUCUCACAAGCAGUCUGUAACUGACCUCAGGGAACUGGUGUGUAGUGUGCCACAGAAAGGUAAGUUCAUAUCAGACGUACUCCAACAAGGAGACUAUAACCCAUCUCAGGGAACUAGCCCAUAGUUAAUGUUAUCAAAGGCCAGGCUACCCAAGUGACACAUCGUAUGAUACAUGUACAAGACUUUGUGGCCGUUUUAUAAAAAAGGAAUGAUUUUUUUAACGUCUAGCGGGUAUGGAUACAUAGAGGCUCCGUGAGACACUGAAGCGUGAGGAUAGGAGACCAAUAGACGCUCGGUGAAACCAAUACCAGACGUUGUCUUUUACGUCUAACGAUUUGUAGAGUCGUAAUUUCUAUGUGUCUGAGAAGAACGAAGUCUUACCAUGUGGAAAUGUUCCUUAUGGCAUCAGAAAGAUGGGAGUGUUAUGACCUUAAUAUGAAUCAUACCUCGUAGGUCAAGGUCACUGAACAUUUUUUUUUACCUGCUCAGGUUUUAUGUGCUUUGUUGCUAUCAGUUCUUACUUGGUGCAAAUGUUCUUUAUGAAAGGUUGUAUCAUGCCCUUGAUCCAAGGGCAUAUUUCUGUGGUCAGGUUACAACCGACUUAUAGUGUUUCCCUAUGUUUCGAAUCCCAUGGGGAUCCGGGUUAGAGUAGAUUCUUAAUACCCCUUGCUUGUCGUAAGAGGUGACUAAAUGGGGCAGUCCUUCAGAUGAGACCACAAAAAGCCGAGGUCCUGUAUCACAGCAGGUGUGGCACGAUAAAGAUCCCUCCCUGCUAAAUGACUGUAAGCGCUGAGCAUAGGCCUAAAUUUUGCAGCCCUUCACCGGCAGUGGUGACAUCUCCAGAUGAAUGAAAUAUUAUCAGAGGGACGUUAAACAAUAUACAACCAACCAACUCUAUGUUUCGACUAAAAUUUCUACAUGAUAAUGCCUCUCUGUUGAUGUAAAAUAGGGUACCUAGUAACUAAUACUGUGAAACAUGGAAUAGACUACUAGAUACAUUGUAAUGGAUGUAUUUUGUACCAUUUGCAGUGCUCUAUUCUUUAUUAAAAUGUUGACCAUUUGACAUCAGUUAUUGUGAUCAGUACACCAGAAUUUCUGAAAAUAAUUUUUCCAUUUAUUUUAGGUACAUUUGACUUGGACAAAGUGUUGGAGUCUGAGUAUUUCUUCAGUUAACAUAGACCUGAGCUUGCCGAACAGAACUUUGUGAUACUACAAGCUGAUCUGUGAUGUUUAUAAAUAAACAUUAAAAUUUUAAAAAGAGAUAUCUGUGAAUUAUGUAUGGACGGGUACUGAUACAGAUUUCCUAUUUUGUGUCAGAUGCUGUUUAACUUUAACAUGGUAAUUCAUUUGUGCUCAAAAACACGCAUCUUAAUCAGAAUUUUUAAGAUAGUUUUACAUGUUUUGUUACAUAAUUUUCUUAUUUGAUUUGUUGUGUUAAUAGAUUGAUCAACAUUAAGUGUUGAAAUAUCAGUUAUUAUGUUUAAUAGUACAUAAUUUAUCAACAUUAAAUGUUGAAUCCACCAAUUGAAUCCACCAAUCAUUUGAGUUAGUAUUUGAAUAUUCACCAAAUGAAAGAGUUAUGGCCCCUGUGUGCAGCUCACUGUUGUGAAAAGGACAUGUGUUUACCAUUCUAUAAAUAAAGAAAAAGGAGACUCAGAAAGUGAAGUAUUGCUGUCGGUUCCUUUUUAUUUACGUGCAAAUGUACAGGUUUUGUCCAGAUAUCUGGCUGGCUGCACGCAUGGCAGAUCUCGCCUCAGAUAUCCAUUUUUUUUCGGUCAUUAGGCUCGGCAGUAGAGAGCUUCUAUUCUCUUCGAUCUUUCUCCGUCAGCUCUCUCCAUGAUAGCAUUGGCCAACCAACUCUACGCUUACCAGGAACUUGUAUAUUGAGAGCACACUUGACUGCACUGCUGGAUCUGAUGACGUGGCCAUACCAGCGGAGUCUCCUUUCCCUUAAGAUGAGGUUGAGGUCACUGAGACCAAGCCGCCCCAGCAAU